UGGCCACGUAUACACGAACUCAGACAAUCGUGCGCCACCGCGACGCGCCCCUCCAAAAGCGCUUAUCCCCGCCGCGCCCGAUCCCUCACCGCACCGACCGGCCCGCGGCCAUGGCGGCGCCACCCCUACCUCCACUCCUCUGCAGUGCCGCCUCCUCCUACCGCGCCACGCUCCUCGCCCCUCAUGCUCUCCCCUAUCGCGCGGCGGCGCGGCCGAUGGUCUCGCCUUGCACCGCCCCCUCGCUGCGGCGAGCAGGGGCCCGGGCCCCUCCGCCGUGCGCGGCCAAGCGCGGCGGCGCCGGAGGCGAGGCGUCUUCGACUGACGGGGAGGGGACACGCGCGCUGCUUCAGGCGGCGCUAUGGGGCGCCGAGGCCGCCUACAUAUUCUGGCUCUUCCUCCUCCCGUACGCUCCGGGCGACCCGUUGUGGGCUAUCUCGCAAGCCACGAUCACUGACCUGGUCGGCCUGUCGCUCAACUUCUUCUUCAUCCUGCCCCUGAUCAACUCCGCUGGAGUGCACCUGCUCGAAUCCCCUGUGAUGCACCCAGUGUCAGAAGGAUUGUUCAAUUUUGUGAUUGCCUGGACACUGCUGUUUGCACCGCUCCUCUUCACAGAUGCUAGGAGGGACCGGUACGAGGGAUCGCUCGACAUCUUGUGGAGCUGUCAGAUGUUCCUCACAAAUACUUUCUUGAUUCCUUACAUGGCAAUCCGGCUCAACGAUGUCGACAAGAACCAGCCUCCACCGCAGACAUCAAAACUGAGUUCACUCAUGGUGAGAGGUGCAUCAGGUGUAGGCAUAACUGGUGGCCUGGUCUGCAUUUUAUCCAUUGUUUGGGCUUUCUUCGGCCGUGCAGAUGCUGAUUUUGGAGGCGUCUUGGACCGGUGGCAAUAUGCGCAGGAUUAUGUCUUGACCGAGCGGCUUGCUUAUGCAUUUCUGUGGGACAUAUUGCUAUACUCGAUAUUCCAGCCAUGGUUGAUUGGAGACAAUCUUCAGAACGUGAAACCAAAAGCUAGAGAGUUUGUGAAUGUAGCAAGGUUUAUCCCAGUUGUUGGCAUUGUUGCCUACCUCUUGUGCUUAGAAGAGAAAAAGGAUUAGCUGUUAUAUUGUGCUGUUUUCUUGUAGUUUUUUUUCCUAUCAUAUGGAUUAUGUUCCAACUGACUUAUAAAUUUGAAAGAGUUUUGCA